UUUUAUGCAUGCACUAAAUUUUGUAUUCUUAGAAUACUUAAAGGUGAAUUGUCGGGUCAGUUUGAUUUUUUUUAAUGAAAUUAGUCAAAUGCAAAUAAUUUCAUACAAUAUUAAAUAUACUGGAUAAUGGUUUUAAUUUGGAAAAAAUAUUAUUGUUUAGUAAUACAUGACUUAUCUAUAUUUAUAAAUGAUUGAAAAAUGACACUAUUUAGCACUCUCUGCGCAGCGCGAUAGUGACCUGCAUGAGUAUUGCAUGAUACGGGAUUUGCACGUGAAUUCCGUGUAAAUGUCGAAUCCAUAUCAUCAUAUAUGACAGCAAUGACGCAUGCCUCCUGUAACCUUAUCUGUUCAUGUCUCGGCAUUGUUGACUUUUUUCGUGUAGACCUCAGUUUAUUUCUGCUUUGUGCACUAAAUAAUCAGAAUGUUCUACGAAUGAGUCGUACAUACUAAGACGCCGCAUUUAUGACCGAGCUUACGUAAAAAAUACCUUCUAAUGUCUAGAAGACUUGUAUACAACCUUCUCAUAAGUACGUUAUUUUUAUGAUAUAGCCUUAACAUGAGAGUUUCUUUCUUCACGUGUGACAUGUUUUAAUUAAUAUGACAAUGUAUAAGGGUUAAUAAUGAAUUACUUCAGUUCACGAAUGUUUCGUUUUGCAUUAAUUAAUGUUGAUUUGUAAACUUUAAAUGUUUAAUGAAGUAAUUUACCUGAUCGGGACGCUUAUUGCAUAGCAAAAAUUAAAUAAAGAUCAUGAUGGUUGAGUGUUACAUAAUCUGAGUGAAAAACUUUAUAAAAUCUUUCAACUUUAUCCUUUGAAGAUAUUUUUGAAUACUUUUCAUGCUGUAUGUUAAACGUGAUUUCAAACCAACGUUGGACAUAUGUGACAUUGAUGUGAUUGGAUUUUAGAAGCGUUCUUCAGGCUCUCAUGUUAUUUGUUAUUAUGUUAUUUGACAGACUAUCAUGUUGUCAUUUCGAACUGAAUGAUGUGGUUGACAGUAGACGUGUUUUUCUGCUUUGUCAUUGCAAUCAACAUUAUCAGGAGUGUAUCACCUGUUCACCUUAUAAAGAAGUGUUCGCUGUUGCCGUCUGGGCUGGGACCUGAUUGGUACAAAGUGCAUCAACCUAUACCGCUCGGCAUAGAUGGAAAGCCAGCAUACGAGCCGUCCUAUAUACACAUGCCAUGUGCGCAAACUACCGUGUUUGAUAUUGGCGUUUGCGGUUGCACUAAUCUCAUGUCUUUUAUUUUCACAUCAGUCAAUAGAAGGAAAAAGAUUAAUCACGAGUUUAUUGGUUCAAGAAAUGUAGAUCCACAUGAUAGAAUUAAACAUUUAGAGGAAUCAACAACACCCCGCCCCCCUGCAGCAAGUAUCCUGAUUAAUACGCGCACUGGCGAAGUGAAAGAAUGUCCUUUCCGGGCCUCGUCUCGAGGACCUAUGUGGUAUUUGAUUCGUGAGCCACGAGAUAACUGGAGACAUAUGAGGUGUGCUGAUGGAACACUGUUUGAGAAAAGAAGCUGUACAUGUAUACAUAAACAGAUGUCAUCUAGAGAGCCGGAAAAGCCAGAAGAUGUAAACAUAAUAAUUAUAGAAGAAGAUAUCGGCGGUGUGGCAUCUGACAAAACAAUAAGCCAAAGCCUUGGUAUUUCUGUAUCUGAUGUAGAUUUUUCCCGAGAUCAGCGGCCUCAAGAUAUUCCUUUCUGGAGGAGACAAGAUCUCUUCACUUCCAACAAAAAGGAGGAAAAAAGAAAGUUUGAUGGCAAGUCUGACGUACAAGUCAUGUUGCAUGACCACGGAAAUAACAAUGGUCAACCUUUGGAAGAAAAGGAUGGACUUGGUAUCGGCAAAGAUGAUAUCUCUUCUGCACAUAAACAACUGUUCCUGAAAGGUAACAGAAAAGGACUAGUGUCUCAUUCUAGAACAAAGAUCACGCCGCUAGUUCUAGACUCAACAGUACAGAAUAAACUUGAUACGGACAACAGUGUGCAUGCAGAUGGAAAUGCUGAGUCUUUAAUCAUACGUUCCGAAACGUUCCAGCCACAAACAGUAAGUGUUAGACGUGGUGAUAAAGCUAUGGAUGAAGACAACAUUCUGAAAGUUCUAGAUGAAAUAAGUACAACCAUUGAUGCCUUGAAGAAUGCAGAACAAAUUACUGAUCCAGACAAACAAAAUAAAACAGAAGAUGAUGAACAUACCGGACCAUUCGACGAAAUAUUUUACAGUUUAGAAGAAUGCCCAAAGAAGCCGCUACAAGCGCUUGGUGCACAGUACUUCCUGCUACACGUGAGGAACAUUGGCUAUAUUCCUUUCACCUGUCACGGUAACACUGUCUACGAUCACAGUAUCUGUGCCUGCAAGCCAGUGCAAGAAGAUACAGCCUACGAUGAAAUAAAAUUUCCCGUGAAAGAAUGUAUGAAAAGAGCGCUUCCGGAAUUAGGACCACAAUUUUUCCUUGAUCAUCUCCGUGGAGUUGGAUAUAUCCCAUAUGUUUGUCAUGGAAAUAGAUUAUAUGACGAAAAUGUAUGUGCUUGUGUGUAGAAUAAAAAAGUAAUGACAGAAA